CAAUGCAAAUUCAAUUUGUGACAACAAAGUGUAAAUAAAACAUAUGUAAACUGAAAAAUUCUAAUAGAUUCGAAUAGUAAAAUGAUUUGCCGACUGUGUUUAAUUGAGUCAAAUGAAAUUUUAAAAAUUUAUAACGAAACCGGAGAAAUGAUAGAUAAUGACAUAUUGAAAGUAGUGGCAAAACAUUUCCAAAUUGAGAUUCGAUACGAUGAUGCAGUAUCUAAUAUAAUAUGUUUGGUAUGUUGGGAUUAUCUAUCGAAGUUCCAUAAAUAUUGGUUGAGUAUCGAAGAAAAGCAGAUAACAUUGAAUAACCAAUUGCAUUUUACGGAAAUAAAACGUGAUAUCGAAGAUGUGCAGACAGAGGGUUUCGCUGGAGCAGAAAAUAAUUCAGCUAAUGAAAAAAUAGAGACUGGUUUGUGUGAACCUGAAAUAGAUAUGUUAAUUCAAAAUACAGACACAUUUGGAGUUGAAACCGAAUUUGUUGCUGCAAAAACUGAAGAAGAAGAUGAGGCGACUGUUGAUUGUGAUGUUUUUGCCACCACAACAAAUUCCCUUGACAUCCUUUCAAGAGAAAAUGAAAUUGAAACUGAGGAUAUUGCACCAAAGUCACAAAAACGCAAAUACACUAAAAGGAAUAAAAAGCUAGAGAAAUCAAUUUCAGAAAAAGGAAAGAGAAAAAGGGGUCGACCUAGGUUAACAAAUAACAAUUCAAAAGCGAGUUCAAGUCCCACCAAAGAAAAAAAGAUCGAAAGUUCCCAAACUUAUGAAGAAAAAUUGAAAACUAUACAGGAAGCUGAUAAGUUUUUAGCAGAAAACACACAGUUGAACUGUUGUAUUUGUACGGAACAAUUAAACGAUUUUAAGGAACUUAAAACUCAUUUUCGACAAAAACACCAAUGCACCGGAUAUGUGAUUUGUUGUAAUCUACGCUUUAAUAAACGUACUUUAUAUGUGGACCAUAUUCAGUUGCAUAAGAAUCCAGACUUCUUCAAGUGCUGCAUUUGUAAUAAACAACUAAUAAGCCGCAAAAAUUACGCAAAUCAUAUGCACUCGUUGCACCCGGCUGAAGAAAAUCUGCAAUUUGCUUGUAAACUUUGUCCGAAAAAAUUUUCUAAGCAAUAUAUACUAGAUAGUCACAUAAAAAUGCGUCACAUGCCCAAGGACCAUAUUUGUAAUCUCUGCGACAAGGCAUUUGCAAGUAUCUGGAUUUUGAAGCAACACGAAAAAGCUGUUCAUCGCAAUGAAUUUGAAUCAGUUUGUGAAAUAUGUGGAAAGCGUUUGAGGAAUGCUGCAAACUUACAAUAUCAUAUGGAUAACAUACACAAUACCGAACCACGUCCGGAAGUUGAAUGUACGCUUUGUCAUAAAUGGCUAAAAAGUGACCGUAGUUUGCGGAAGCAUAUGAUUUCACAUCGUGAUGAAGCAUCAGGUACAGUUUUUAAAUGUCCUCAAUGUGAUGUUGAGAAAAAAUCGAGACAUUCGCUUGCAUCACAUAUCCGGUAUCAUCACUCCAACCGAAGUUUCUCCUGCACAAUGUGUACCAAAGAAUUUAAAACUCCAAUCGCACUGAAGGAACAUGAAGCCACCCAUACUGGUGUCGAUUUGUAUACUUGCCCCUUCUGCCCUAAGACGUUCAGAUCCCACGCCAAUAUGCAUAAACAUAAAUUGCAUAGUCACUCAGAUGAAUGGGUUCGCAAAUAUGCGCAACCCAAUGAAUUCACCCAAAGUCUUUUAAACCAAACGCGUAACACCGAGACAUAACUGAACUUAUUUGAAUUGGCUAAGCUGAUUUAUAAACUUUUGUUGUGCACUUUGUUAAAAUUAAGUUUAAUGAUUCUUCAAAUAUACAUAUAAACACAAUUAGUGUAUAAUAUA